AAAUGGAGCAAGCAGACACAGGAAUCCACGUCGCCCUGGCCUUCAGAGGGGACAUUUGAUCUGAGGCAGUGUGCAGAGAUGCAGGGUUUUAUAAAAACCUAUAAGAUAAAAGACAAAUCUGUAAAGCGAGGCCUUAAACGGGAAAAAGAAAAUGCAGUGUUGCAAUUGUUUAUCAACUGUGCAAAAAUGAUGAGCAAAAAGACGACUCAAUGUGGUGAUAAUCAAAUUAAUCAGAUCUCUAUAAUUAAGUCUCUUUCAGAUGCGUCCCAGACGGAUGCAGAAGAAACAAAACCAUUACGGACAAAGAAGCCAGUUCACCCUGUAGCUGAUCUAGAAGGGACAGACAGGGCAGUGAAAAGGGAUGAGUUGUUAGAACUGCCCGACAUUUAUUUAAAAACAGAGAAAAUUUCAAUUGGAAAUUCCUGCAGUGAAAGUGAUCUGCGUGACAGAGCAGUUAGAUCACUGUGGGCUGAGUCAGAUGAGGAAUCAGUGUGUGUGGGUGACGAACGGGUAAAUGAGGUUUCUGAUGGACUUCCUCCGCUGGUCAAAGGGGCAAAGCGUCAAAAUCUGCCCUGGCCUUCAAGACCAGAUCAGAAUGAUCUGACUGACACUGUGGGACUUUGCAACUUGUCACUAGAACAAAUAACUGAGCAUGUGAUUCAUGCUGUUGAGCUGCGUCAGAAGCAGGCAAAGAAGGCAGUGAAAGAAGCAACACGCCAGCAGCAGCGAGAAGAGGGGGAGAAAAGAGAGACGAGGAUGGUGUCUGCUCAACCAGCCAGCGUGCCUCAGACCCCACCUACACCACCAGGCAUGGCCACACCUCAGGUGAUGUACAUUCUACCAGGAGGGUGGACAAGACGACCUCCUAUGAGGAGAGGAGGGUUCCCUGCAGACAAAGGCAGAGGAACAGGAGGCAGCCACAGAGGAGGCGUGAGAUGCUACUGCUGUGGGAAGACUGGUCACGUAAGAAGCCAUUGCUUUGAUUGUCUACGAGGCUCACGAGGAGUGCCUAGACCAAAGGGGUCCGCUGAUCAAUGUGGAGGCCACUCAACUGGGUACUAGAGAGGACCAGACACCUGCAGGAUUCAUGAACUUUGUUGAUGGGCUCCAUCAAAAGCCAAAAAGCCAGAGGCCUCUGAAUCUGUGACUUCACCUUGCUGCACACUUUAGUACUUUGAGACUCAGACAAAUCUCUAAAAUUGGGAAACAAAAUAAACAAGUCGGGCUGGUGAGAAUGACUUAGUCCUUAAACCUGCCAAAAGAUUCAAAAAUUAAAAAAUAUGCCAAGUUUAUUAGGCAAGGGAAAGACAAAGGUAUAGAGAAUAUUUCAAGAUAAAGUUCCCAAUUCAAUCACUCUGCUGACAAAUGCUCCACCUGAUGCUCAGUGGUUGACGGUGUUAAAAACAAUGUGAAGGUGAAGUAUGUGGAUGAAGAGACUGUGUGCACCAGACUUUGAGACAUGCCUCAUUUCAUCUCUCCAACUAACACCAACUGUAGACAGUUGUCUCAUGAUAUUGGAAAAGACUCAUUCACAUUAUUGAGGUGAGAAAGUUUCAUAGACAAGCCUCAACACUGUAGGAAGUGCCUCCCAUAUACCAUAAAGUGAGUAAAGUAUCUGAGGUGGUCAAUCAGCUAAAAAGGGAAUGAGGAGAGUGUAAAUGUUUCCUUCAUACAGUAAACAGCAGUUUGAUCCCUACAAUAUGUAAACUAGUACACAUUUAGCAAAUGUGUAAACCAGGUCUCAGUUCAUUUUUUCUUUCCAUUCUUUUGCUAAACAGUUAACAUAGAUGUCAUCAGUCUGCAGGCCUUAAACAAAUGUGACAGGGCUGUGGUGUUCUUUACGGCAUGAAAGGAGGAGGUCUGGGGAAGAGACUGAGCAGCAACAGUGACGGUGCUUUAUCCUCCAAGAGGUUUAACUGUAUGUGGGUUUGUAUGGACUUUCUUUAAUAGGUUACAAUACUUCAGUUAUCGUCCAAAGCUGUUUUGUUAUCACUACAAACUCUGACAGUCACAGGGGAAUUAUAAUUAGAUGUAGCAAUAAUUGUAGGGUUGUUUGAAUUUCUAGGGUACAGCUUUGCGUUUCCAACAGUUCACUAGGUUGUGUUACCGUCCAAUGUGUCAUUUCUGAUAGUUUGUGAGGAUUCAGCUUAUUAUUUUGUCAUAAAGUCACUUAAUGCAUGCAUCUGCAGUGCUUCUUGAAUUCAAUAAGGUUUCCUACAACUCAGUGAUUCUGUGUUCCUAAUAAGAUUAGUUCGUGUUGAUGUUGUAGUUAUUAAGGUCUAAACAUUCUUGUUCCUUCUAUUGACUUCGUCCUUAAGUUCACUCAGUUUUAUUCAGGGAUUGAUGAUGAUCCCUGGUAAGGAUACGGAGGAUACGUAGGAUAAAUAAGUGUAGGAAAUAACUUUUUUGGGUUUUGCUAGUGUUCUUUUAUCCACCCAUCUUAAUUUAGUGAUUUAAUUGGCUUCAAAUUCAAUGGACAGUUAUCUGUCUAUUGAGGGGGGAAAAUGUAUUGUAAAAAAUUGUUUUGAUUAUUGCUUUAUGUCGGUCCUUAGUAACUGGUGAACUUGUGUGUGUAGCAUCUGCUGUGAGAAUGGACUAUUCUGUUUCUGUUGUGUUUUAUCCCAAGUUGGUGAACUUAAUCCAUGGGAGAAAGGUUGUGGUCGAGUUGGCACAAAAUUUGAUUUGGUAUAUACUGUAAAUAGCUUACGCUACAGAGGAGUAUGAUCUCACAGCGGGACUCAUUGUGGAGUGAUAGGAAAAGUGACAGGAGCAGGGUAUGUGAGGGAGGAAAGGAGUUAAGGGAAGUCAAGGAGUGAAUGAAAAGGAAAGUGUAAAUGUGACAAUGACAAUAGAGGGAUGAAAAAGUACUGUGAACAUUGCAUUUCAGUGUGUAGCUUGUAAAAAUAUGCAUAGACUAACAUUGCACGAAGCUUUACGUGACGAAAUGGUGUUUAAUGCAUCAACCAAGUUUCUAUGUGAAACAGAUGAUUAAUAUACGCAGGAAAGCUGUGUUGUUCCAUUGCAGGAAAGAAGAGGACGAAGAAGAUCAAACUCCGGAUCACUGAUGGGCCCUGAGUGACACUGCUGACUCAUUUAGCAGAACAAGGUCACAGGCUAGCCUUUCUAAAUUAUAGUUCUCAUAGAGCAAGAGUUUCUCUCUUAGCUCACGUGCAUGAUAAAAACCCUGAGCUCAUGACAUGACUGACUGAUAUAUGCUCUACGGACUGACCAUGACACGUGUCGAUGAUGUUUUAUUGUUGUUGAUUUUAUAUAAUGAGGGUUUAACAAUUUUCAUUCUGCAUCUCAGUGUGUUGUUGCACACAGGAAGCUCACAACUUCAACCUUUCUCUCUACACAGAGCAGCAGUGGAGAAACUGUGUCAGCAUAAACAUCUCUUUUAAACUAAUUUUCUUUCCUAACCUCUUUCCUAACCAACUUCUCUCCCACUCUUAACCUCCAUCCACAGGUUACUUCAGUAUCAGAGGAGGGUGUGUCUUAUGACCUGCUACGACUGUAGGUUUUUAUAUUCUCUGAUCUUUUGAUUUCUACAGCGACGACCUGGAACAAAAAGCAAACUAUAUGUUCUGUUCAGCCUAACCCUAACCCUAGCUCUGUAGGAUGGUUUAUGCUGCACUAUAGUGCAGAUCUUUCUGCCUCUCAGCUAUCAGCUCUCAGGUCACAGCUGGAGCACCAGUCUGAGGGGGAACAGAGGAUGGUGCAGCAGAAGUGUGCUGGAGCACUGAACAGUCCAGAAAUGAGGGACUCUGUGUUCAACGUGAAGGCAAGCUGGGCUAACUGGGUCGCUAGCAGAAAGGCAGGGCAUCAGAUGAGGUUCCAAGGACAACGUAGAGGGUGCAGUGCCACAACUUCCAGUACAACCGUAACGGCCGAAGGAGGAGUCGAUGGAGCCGAAGGAGCUGAUGGAGAGUCCAAUAUUCCAAUUCCAGCUACACCAACAACCCUCACCCACCUAAUAUUGUGGGGCUGCGCUGACCAACACGGCUAUAGGGUGUGGGCGGAGCGCCGCCCAUAGCUGCAUCGUUGAUAUACACUGGUGUUUAAAUUUGCCCGUGCAUGAGCUGAAUUGCAGAUGCUGGAUGACAUGGGAGCACAGACCUUCAUGAUUGACUGUGGUUGGGGGUGUGGAGUCUGUGAAGAAUCUGUUGUGAUAAAGAGGACACUGUAGUGUGUGUAAUGUAGAAUGAAAAUGUGAGGCUUGUUAUUGAAUGUACUUGUUUACAGGCAGCGUGGGAGGAUCACCUGUUGGAGCUGAAAGAAGAGCUUAGGUGUUCUAUUUACUACAGAUUUUGUGAAUCUUUAACUUUGCUGUGUCAUCUUAAUGUUGAAGUUCAUGACUAUUUAAUAUAAUGCAGCAUGAUGAGUCAAAGAGGAGCUUUCUUGGCCGCUCGCUUUCAAGAUUGAUGGGCAUUGAAAUGCCCAUGAGGAGGGGAUUUGUAGUAUAUUUAUGUAUCAUUGUCAUAUCAUAUCAUUUACAUUUACUUUUAGCAGUAAAAUUGAUCAUUGCUUAUGAAAGAAAUACAUAGAGUAGAUGGGUUCGUGUGUUUGCUUAAACUGAGUUCACAGAGUCUGUGUUCGCAGAAUCUGUUGUCUAACAAUAGUUAUCUGAGUUAUUCAAAAUGUCACGCCGACCUGGGAAAGGAACGGAGAGGUUGAAGCUGGGCCAGAGGGAUCUGGGAGCCGGACAGAUAACACGGCCCAGCGCCAGGACCUUCCAAGUAGCCUUAUUUGGACAUGUGGAAAGACUUUAGGUGGUGGUUAAAAGCAGGCCUUCACAGGCUGGGGUUUUCAGAGCGCUUCGCAGAGGGUCUGCUGGUAGCACACAGCGGACCUUUUCCGACCUCUCGGUUCCCUCUGCAGAGGAACAAGCAGGUGAAUUCGGUCUCUGCCUCUCUUGCUAUUACUCUUAUGUAAUCAUUAUCUGAUUGAUUUAAUUUGUCAUGUAUAAUAAAUUUGUAUGCUAUUGAUUUAAACUUCAAA